AUGGAGAAACGUGUGAGUGUGAUUGUGACAAAUAAGACAACAAAGGUAAGGAAACAAUUACAUAUCCACCAUGAUAUUGCCUUCUCCAUUCUUUCAAAAUUAUCUAUUAAACCUUUGAAACGAUUUGAAUGUGUAUGCAAGUCAUGGUCUCUCUUGUCUGAUAACCCCUAUUUCAUGAAAACCUACCGCAAGAGUUUAUUCACAAAGUAUCAUUCUUAUUAUGAUGAUGCAUGCGUCCUCCUUCAUCCACUUUACAAUUCUUAUCACAAUCAUAGAUUUGGGUUGUAUCCUCUUUAUGAUGAGAGGUUUGUGAGUAAUGUCAAAAUAGAUAAGCCAUAUUGUGAUUGUGGUUUUAGUAUUUUAGGUUCGGGUAGUGUUCAUGGAAUUUUUUGUUUGUCUUUUAUAUACGAAAAGGAUAUUAUAUUGUGGAAUCCAUGUACUAAGGAAUUUAAACUCAUUCCUCGUGGCAUUAAUCAUCGCAAAUGUUAUCAAAAAGGUUAUCUUAAUUGGGGAUUUGGUUAUGACUCUGUCGAUGAUGACUAUAAAGUGACAUGCAUUUAUCAGCCGCCAGUAGAAGACGAAGAAGUAUAUUGUGAACCCUUGGUAUGUGAAAUAUAUAGUUUAAGAAAUAACUUUUGGAAAAAAUUUGAUGUUGAUAAGAAACAUAGUCUUAAUUUUUGGAGCAAUGAACAAGUAUACAUCAAUGGAUUGUCUCACCGGGUGUGUAAAGUUGCAACACAUAAAUGUAAUGAAUCAUAUGUGUUGUCAUUUGACUGGCACCGUGAGGUUUUCACUACAACACCUAUACCAUUUGACAUAGAAGAUAUUAUUGAUUUUCUUAAUGGGUGGAGACACUUGGUGUUAUUAAAUGGGUCUACUGCUUUGAUAUUAAAUUCCACAAGGACGUCUACAUUUCACAUUUAUAUCCUGGGUGAAUUUGGCGUAAAAGAAUCAUGGACUAAAAUCUUCACUAUAGAAUCUUUCCCGAAUCUUAAGUAUCCAAUUGGAAUGGGAAAAAGGAGUGAUAUGUUGCUUAAGAAAAAAGACGGUGGACUAGUUUGGUUCGAUUUAGUUACUCAAAAGAUUACCGAUCUUAACAUUACAACUAAGAAUGUUAGUUGUAAUAUAAUAAUUCAUAAAGAAAACCCUAUUAGCCUUGUUGCAUAUCAAGGAAAAAGUAUUUAA